UUGCUUCCGGACCGUGCGUUUCACAUACAGGAAGUGAGUUGAAAUCGACUGUUGCAGCCUCCCAGUGUCCGUGGAGAUCAGGAACUCCAGCUGUGAGAACGGAGUCUUUAUUACACAUCACACGUUCUGUAUUCUCUCUGAUUUACUGAGGAUGGACAAGAACAGGAGUCAUAGGACUGAGAGGAUAAUAAAUAUCACCCUGGAGAUCAUCUACCUGCUGACUGGGGAGGAUUACACAGUAGUGAAGAAGACAUCCAAUGAGUGUGAGAUAUUCAACAGCUGUCCCCGUGUGUCAGGAGGACUGAGUAGAACCCAGAGACCCAUCCCAGUGCCUCCACCUCACUCACUAAUACAUGAGAGACUCAAUGACCAAAAGAUCCUGGAACUCACCAACAAGAUCAUUCAGCUGCUGACUGGAGAGGAGGAGGAGUAUAUAGAGGAACACAGGGGUCUGUACAAGGACGUGAUGAUGGAGAAUCACUGGCCCCUCACAUCACUGGAUGGACCCAGCAACAGAGAUACCCCAGAGAGAUGUCCCCGUCCUCUGUAUUCCCAGGAUUGUACAGAGGAGAAUCACAGGAUCCCACAGGAGGAUCAGGAUGAAGCCCAAUUAAAUAAUAUUAAAAUCAAAGAUACAGAGGGAGAAGAAGAGAUGUAUGUGACUGAUAUAAAGGCAGAAGAUAUAGAUGGAGAAGAAGAGACGUAUGUGACUGAUAUGAAGGCAGAAGAUACAGAGGGAGAAGAAGAGACGUAUGUGACUGAUAUGAAGGCAGAAGAUAUAGAUGGAGAAGAAGAGACGUAUGUGACUGAUAUAAAGGCAGAAGAUAUAGAUGGAGAAGAAGAGACGUAUGUGAGGGGUGAUCAGCAGUCUAAGGAGGAGGAGAUCCCUACAGAUAUCAGCACAGAUGGACACACAAGCAGGAACAUCUCAGAAGGACAUCUAAUGUUAUCCCCGGAUUGUGACAUAAAAGAUAAUGACAGUAGACAGGAUUCUCCAGGAGCUAAUCCCAUUACCCCAAUUAUACAUCCAGCUCUAUCAGCUGGUCCCUCUGAUCCUGGGAAAUGUUCUGCUGAUAACUCUGAUAUUGGUGCAUCUGUUACAGCUCUGAGAGUAGAUACAGUGUUUCCCUGUUCUAUAGAUGCCAAAUGUUUUACACAGAACACAAAACGUAUUACCCAUCAGCCAGCUAAGGAAGGUGAGAGGCCAUUUCCAUGUUCUGAGUGUGGGAAAUGUUUUGCACGGAAAUCAAAUCUUGUUAUACAUCAGAGAAGUCACACAGGUGAGAAGCCAUUUUCUUGCUCUGAGUGUGGGAAAUGUUUUAUAUGGAAAUCACAACUUGUUACACAUCAGCGAAGUCACACAGGUGAGAAGCCGUUUUCUUGUUCUGAGUGUGGGAAAUGUUUUUCCCAGAAAUCACAACUUGUUACACAUCAGAGAAGUCACACAGGUGAGAAGCCAUUUUCUUGCUCUGAGUGUGGGAAAUGUUUUAGAUGGAAAACACAACUUGUUACACAUCACAGAAGUCACACAGGUGAGAAGCCAUUUUCUUGCUCUGAGUGUGGAAAACAUUGUUUAAAUAAAUCACAUCUUGUUAUACAUCAGAGAAGUCACACAGGUGAGAAGCCAUUUUCUUGCUCUGAGUGUGGGAAAUGUUUUACACGGAAAUCACAACUUGUUAGACAUCGGAGAACUCGCACAGGUGAGAAUACAUUUCCAUGUUCUGAGUGUGGGAAAUGUUCUGCACACAAAUCAGAUCUUAGAAACCAUGAGAGAAGUCACACAGGUGAGAAGCCAUUUUCUUGCUCUGAAUGUGGGAAAUGUUUUACACAGAAAUCACAACUUGUUACAUAUCAGAGAAGUCACACAGAUGAGAGGCCAUUUCCAUGCUCUGAGAAAUAAAUCAUCUCUUGUUGUACAUAUUAGACUUCAUCAGGUGAGGAACCAUUUCAUUUUCUGGAGUAUACUUAUUAUUGCCAUACGUUGUUCUUCAAGGUUCUUAUCCUAUCUCCUAUGCUUUUUGCAAUAUACAUGUUACCACUGGGUGAAAUAAUCAUAUGUCAUGCCCUCAUCUACCACUGCUAUGCAGAUGACCUGUCUCUUGCUCCGGGUACUGAGAACCUAGUACCAAUCCUAAAUGGUUGUCUAGCUGAGCUCCAGGUGUGGGUGAUGCCAGUUGGCUGUGACUCAGUCCUGGUGAAACAGGUCCUUAUGAUAGAAGCUCACCAAUAAAUGGCAGGGCUACAGCUCAGCUUUACUACCAAUCAGACUUGCCACAUAACACCCAUUCUCUGUUCCCUUCGCCGGCUGCCUGUAAGAUGGUAACUAUUACAUAAUCUUACUGACUCUCCCAGCCCUACAUGACCAGGGUCACAGGUACCAGUAGCAGCUUCUAACUCCUUACUGCCCUGCUUUCUUACUUCCAUCUGCAGAUGAAGGUCUGUUACCAGCAGUACCAAGAAUCCCCAAGCAGUGCUGAGAUGUCAGGGGUAGACAGGGUGGGUGGCACUAUUGCUGUAUCAGUGGCACUGUCUGGGUAAUAUCCCCAAGCAGAGCUGAGGGGGUACUCAGGGUGGCUGGCAGUAGUGGGGACUGCAGGAGGCAGUGUCUGUGAGACUCUUGUCCUCAAGCAGAGUUAAGGUGUCAGAGGAGGAGACAAGGUGGUGGCAGAAGCGGAAGAAGACAGGGCAGUGGCAGUAGUGGGCUGAGACAGGGAGGGUUGCAGUAGUGGGGAGAGACGGUGGUGGCAGUAGUGGGGGCAGACAGGGUAAGUGGCAGUAGUGGAAGGAGACAGGGCAGGUAGCAAUAGUGGGG